GCCCCGAUCACCUUCGCCCCCCCACGGGGAGGGCUUUUGGCUGGCACUCUUACUAUUCUCGUUUACGCUUUACCACGCAUUUCUUUACCCGUUCCCAUCAUUUAAGCCAUUGUUGUUCUCAAGCAUAACUUCGCCUCUAUCUUCUGUGCAGCCGCCCGCUAUGAACAAUCCAUAUUCCCAAGACGAGCAUGAUGACGGAGCGACGAGCUCGCUCGGGAUCGAUUUCUGCGAUUUGGAUAUAUUACAACAGUUCGUUUCCCUGGGUUUUUCCUCGGAGUCCGAGUCGGGGCAUCACCUGCAGUGCACGAAUACAGAUACACUGUACGGAACGAUAGAAGACGGCAGUGCAACAUCCUGCGAGCAUCCAGCUGCCUUCGUACAUCAGGCGGACCUCGCCUCGUACCAAUCUUCAAGUGGGCUAGUGGACUCACAACCGCCUGCUGGAUCGGACCUCUCUUCAUGGGACACAGCAUCUGCAGAUCUACCACGUUUGGCAUUGUCUCCGGCGUCUUGCACGAAUACUUCUUACGAACAUCAACCGUCCAUGACACUGCAGAUACGCGACGGCGUCGGACGACCCCUAUUGACGCCCCUCGUUACAUACGCACCCAACGGCUCUUCUGGGCCCGUACAUGGCGAAAGCGACCAGUCCGGCGGCUCUUCCCCGAACCUUCUUUCCUCAUCCCUCGCGAGCAGCCCCACACUUGACCCUCUGAGCGCCCAUAUGCAGGCCAUGUCUCCAUAUGGAUGUGACGGAACACAAGCUUACUUUCACUACGCUCCUGUCCAGGGCGACCUCAGCCCCGGCAUGCUCAGCCCUCACUCUGGGUUCCGUUCUCGCUCUGGUUCCUUCUCUUCCGUGUCCUCCGGUCGGGGUGCAUCUCGCAGUCGCUCACCAUCAUCUCGUGCAAGUCCAUACCCCGUCAGAACACCCAGUCCCAGCCCUUCGAUGUCCUCGGUCUAUGAGGAUAACCAGUAUAACUCCGUUGCCAUCUCUGACACAGAAGACGGCGGACUUGAAGGCAGCUUACCUCCUAACGCGAGGCGGCAUUCGCUGGGACAAAUCACCAAGCCCGUCGUCACUACAGCGAAAGUAGCCGCCGCCGCUGCCGGGCGCAGAAAGUCAGACGCAUCCUUCCAAUGUCCCAUUUGCGGAGCGAGGCUUACCUCAAAGAAGAACUAUGAAGGGCACGUCAACGCUCACCUGGGCGAAAAGCCUUACGUUUGCGGAGCCGAGGGGUGCAGCGAGACGUUUGCUCGGGAGUGGGACUGCAAGCGACACAAAAGGACGACCCACUGUGAUGCACGGUUCGAAUGCGUCAAGUGUCGGCGACUAUUCAAGAGGAACGACAGCCGUAUGAAGCAUGGUAAGCAUAUCUUGCUCCUCGAAGUUGCCCCCUCGUUGAGCGAGUCUUCCCAGAGCGCAAAUGCUCCGCGAACGACUUCGAACGCGGUCGCCCAGGUCGUCCUGACAGUCCAGCUGUACAACAAACCGUCGGCCUACCUGACGACACGUUUGGCUAUGUAA